UACCCUGUUUUUCGCCAGUGGACAUACCGUCACUGGACACCUCAAUUAGACCGAAAAUGGAAGACGAAGAUUUCUUGCUCGCCCUCCAGUUACAAGAGCAAUAUGACUACGAAAACUCAACUUCAAUUUGGAGUACUGAAGAGGACGACCGGAAUCAGUUCAGCAAGAAACGUAAAGUUGAAGGGUCAGGCGGUAUCGUUCCCUAUUCUGGGUCUUCUCGAGGGCCUGAAAGACCGAUGUCCAUUGUCGACGAGUCUUGGGAGAUGCUUGAUCCGAACCCAGAUGUUCGUGCCAUGUUUUUAGAGUUUAACGAUAUGUUUUUCUGGGGGAAGCUCAGUGGAGUUGAGGUCAAAUGGAGCCCCCGUAUGACUCUGUGUGCUGGUGUAUGUUCCUACGAGGGCAGAGGCGGCUUGUGUUCUAUUCGACUCAGUGAACCUCUGCUCAAACUUCGCCCACGUCGGGAUUUGGUUCAAACACUUCUACACGAGAUGAUACACGCACUGCUGUUUGUGACCCAGAACAAUCGAGACAGGGACGGCCACGGGCCCGAAUUCUGCAAACACAUGAACAGAAUCAACCAAGCUAGCGGCACUAAAAUCACCGUUUACCACUCCUUUCAUGACGAAGUAGAUGUUUAUCGUCAGCACUGGUGGCGAUGUAACGGACCAUGUCAGAACCGUAGGCCGUUUUUCGGUUACGUGAAGCGAGCGAUGAACCGGGCGCCGUCAGCCAGAGACCCGUGGUGGGCUGACCACCAGAGGACGUGUGGAGGCACCUAUACCAAAAUUAAAGAGCCUGAGGGGUACGGGAAGAAGGGGAAAACGGAGGACAAUAAGGAUAAGAACGCUCCCAAAAAGCCCUCAGCCUCCCAGAAGAAUAAACUGCCAAGCACUCCUGCAGCCUCAGGUUCUCAGGACAUAAGGAAUAUCAUUCCAUUCAGUGGUAAAGGAUUUGUGCUCGGAGGGAGUUCACAGACACCAUCAUCUUCCCAGAGUACCUCAGACCCAAAGACCGGACCCCCCCGGCCUCAGUCUUCCCUCCCAGGUCAGGUUUCUCCGAAGGACGUCAGUGUUGAACAGCCUCCAGACAAGAGAACCAGCACCAGUACCCCCAGGGUUUUUGGCAAAAAGUCGGUCAGCAAUACCAAAGCCUUUGUCAAUAUCAAUGGCUCACCCGUAAGAAUCCAAGCCAACAGUCGUUGGUCAAAUCCCUACGGAAAUCCACAGGAUCCUUCGAGAGCAAAACAAAGGUCUGUGCAUGACCUUUUCCAGGCCAAAGGUCAGUCGCCUAUAAAGACAGCAAGUGCCUCAAAUACUUCAGCCUUGACCACUGUGACCAAAACAUCUCCCAUCGCUGGCCAGAGCCAGAGUGCAGCCUCAGGCAGGGGUUCAGGUUUAAUACCCUCAGGGAACCUGUCGUGGAGCACUAAGCUUCCAAACUCACCGACUUCCAGACUUUUAGACUCCCACAGGUCUAGCGCCGCCGGAGAACCCAGACCUGGUUCUGUGAAUCCUCGCCUCUCGAAACCCGUCGGCAGUCCUCAGAAAUCCGGAGCCAGUGUUCCAGGCUCAAGGAAAAGGUCUUGGGAAAGCCGUGGUUCAGCACACAUAUUCGAUUACUUCCAGCGAGCAGUGAGCGAGGCAUCCGCGUCCAACGGGAGGAGGGAGGAGCCUGUCGCCACGCCAACGUCGUCCUCUUCCUCCGUAGAGCGGCAGGCUUCGGGGAGCGCGGCCUCUACGGUUACUGUGACUGUUAGUUGCCCGGUGUGUCAGAGCAGAAUACUGGAGUCAAAAAUCAAUGAGCAUCUGGACUCCUGUCUCACUUAGAUGUGAGGACGACAGUGAUUUUUAAUGCCAUGCACAAGCAAUAUACUGUCUACUCUUACUGUGUAUUUCUUACAGGGA